AAAAUGGCUCAAGGCUCUAGCUUGAUGUGUCUCGUUUUUAGUACCCAGUCAUGCUCCGUCAUAUCUCACGUCUGAUCCGAAGCUACUCUCGUAACUUACCUAUACUUAAAAGAAAGUGCAAUCAUCGCAUGUUUUGAAUUUAAAAAAGCCUCUGAUCUUUUAACAAUUCAUUCUUAUUUUUUGACAGAGUCUUUUAUAUUCAAAUAACGGGUCUGAGAUUCUUCCGUCGAUUUUUUACAUUACCCGUUCGGUUUCUGUGCGGUUGGUUAUAGAUGCUCAAAUUAAAGGUUAAUAGCUGUAUUUAAUUUCUUCAUAAUAUUUAUAUAGAAUUCCUGGCUGAUCUCUUCGGUGUUUCUUCUUUUACUAACAUUACCUGCACUUUUUUAUUUUUGUGAUUAUGGCUUCGUCAUCCAGUGGUUGCCAAGUAGUGAAAAAACAUGGAGUGUCAUCGCUCUUUUUGAUUUCACUUAUUAUCCUUAUGGCUCAGGUUGUGUCUUACUUUCACAAUUCCUUAUUAGCUCCAGUUGACAGCCUUUACAAACCUGAUGGUUCUCCUCAACUAUCUGAGAAGGAAAUUAUGAGACAUGUAACUGAGCUCUCCGAAAAUAUUGGUUAUCGAAUUCUCGGUACUGUUGAAGAGGAUCUUGCUCGCGAAUAUAUCAUGAACGAGAUUUUAGCUAUCCAGAAGAAUUUGGAGGAUAGUCCUUUUUCAAACACUCAUCAGAUUGAAAUUUACUACGAGACAGGCGAUGGUGCCCAUCUUUUCGACUUUAUGAACAAACACGUCAUCAAAAAGUACCAUGGUUUAAGGAAUAUCGCUGUUCGACUCAGUAACGGAACCGAUGCUUCCAAAGAAGAAGCUGUUUUAGUAAAUGCUCAUGUUGAUUCCACUUUACCUAGUCCUGGUGCUACAGAUGAUGCCCUGGCUGUGGGCAUUCUUUUGGAAAACUUGCGUGUUCUUUCCUCUCAACCCAUCCCUUUGACACAUUCUGUGGUUUUCCUCUUUAACGAUGCUGAAGAGUCCUUGCAGGAUGCUUCUCAUAUGUUUAUCACCCAGAGUGUUAUCAAGGAUUCCGUAAAAUGCGUCAUCAAUCUUGAAGCUUGUGGAACUACCGGUGCAGAAAUAUUGUUCCAAGCUACAAGUAAUGAAAUGAUUAAAGCAUACUCUCAUGCUCCACGUCCAUUUGGUACCGUUUUAGCCGAUGAUGUUUUUCGUACCGGGAUUAUCAUUAGUGACACGGAUUUCCGCCAAUUCGUACAAUACGGAAAUCUUACUGGGUUAGAUAUGGCCGUUGUUCAAAACAGUUACCUUUACCAUACAAAGAAGGAUAGUCCCCCCUAUAUCAGCCCUGGUACUGCUCAACAAUUUGGCGAAAACGUUCUGGCUAUCCUUCAAUACUUAACGUCAUCCAAGGCUGACAUGGACAAUUUGAGUACUUCUGAUACCGUCUACUUUUCGAUUUUUAAUCGGAUUUUUUUCAUGUAUUCCAGUAUGACUGCCCGUAUCAUAAAUGCUACUGUUGGUGGUUUGGGAAUUUACCUUGCUAUACGGGGAUCUGAAUCUAUAUUUUUGCCAUUUUUGUUUCAGCUUUUUACGGUAAUAAGUGCAUUCUUCUUCCCUAACCUCUGGGCAUACGUAUAUGGCAACGUCCUUGACAAAGGAAUGAGUUGGUUCCGUAAUGAGAAUUGGCCAUUAUUUAUUUAUUUGCCUGUCGUUAUCGCUUCCGUGAUUAUUUCCUCUUGGUUCAACAGAAAAUCGGAAUAUCAAACUUUUAAGGCCACCGUUUUAGUAUUUUCUCUCAUGGCCUUCAUUCCCUUGCCCUCUGCUUAUCUUGCUACACUUAUAGACUUUUUUAUGAUCCUUGCUUUAUUAAUUAACGACUUCCUUUUUAAGAACCAAAAAGAAGUCCACUUUCUGUGUUACGUGAUUGGAUCGAUUGGUUCUUUAACUGCUGGUCUUGAGGCCAGUAUUACAAUGCUUGAUAUCUUUGUGCCUCUUACUGGUCGUAUUGGAAUCGAAAAGGUUGCUGAUAACAUUAUUGGUACUGUUUGUACUUGCUCUUUCUUUAUUAGCUUCCCUCUUCUUUCAUCAUGGAUUCAACGCAUACGUUCUCCUUGCAUUCUAAAGUUUGGUUUUCUGUUGUCUAUACUAGUGGCUCUCGUUAGCUCAUACAUAUUAGGAGGUCAAGAUACUUACUAUGAUGCUUUACACCCCCGAAGAGUUUUUCUUCAACACAUGGAAAACGUUACGUCAAACGAAUUUUCUUUACAUGUUGCAGCUGCUGAUUCUGCUCCAGGAUUUGAGCAACUCGUGUCUAACUUGGCUAGUAAAAUAUCUGACGAACCAAUUGUUAAAACGGAAAUCGACGAUUGGAAUUCGGAUUGGGACACAGUGUAUCCUUUCAGUCAGUUUCUAGGAUCCUAUCGCAUUCCUCUAAAUGAAGAACCUAACUUUGAACAGAAACCCCGCCUGUCUUUCUCAAACAAGGUUGUAGCGAAUGGAAUUGCCAAUGUUACUGUAACAGUUGAUCAUCCCGGCUUGAUCUGGACAGUUAUCUCUUUUGAUGCAGAUUUAAUAUCUUGGUCUUUACCGGAAGUACCAAACGAUGUGCGUAGACAUCAUAUCCGUGAAGUUAGUGCCUACGGCAUUGAUUCCUAUUCUUUUGAUAUGAGCUAUGUUGAUGAACCAAUAUAUUUCGAUUUUGUUGGUCUCAAUGCUAUAGGCCAUUAUCCUUCGAAAUUCGAAGAAGGUAAACAUCUUCCUAGUAUGCACAUGUGCUCCAAGCUAAAUGAAGAUUACUUACCUGAAUAUACUGACGCUCUUUGUAUUGGUGUCGUUUCAGCUGCGUUCCAAUUGGAUUAAAAGGCUUUGCUGAACGUUUCCAAGAAGGUCAUACAUAUAGAAAGCAAAUUUUUAGUGAAGUUACAACACGACUCUUUUCGUAAGAUUUUGGUUAUUCGGAAUAUAGCAUUUUCUUUAGAAAUUAACUAGGUUACUCACUUAUGCUUUUGAUAAGGUCUAUUGAAUUCUAUAUACAUCAAAACGUGCAAAAACCUAACAAUAAUA